CAUUUUUGUUUUGGGAUUAUUCUAACAAUAACUAAUUCAUCACUGCAUUACUUGGAAUGUCUUGUUUAAAGUUAUUUAAAUUAUCAAAAAAUAAAUCAGAAUGUGAGAUAAUUAAAAAACCAAAGAAAAUUAAACAAUCGAAAACAGACAGCAAAUGGGGUUGGAUAAUUGUUGCAUCAUCAUUCUUGAUCCAGUUAAUCAUUGAUGGAACACUCAGUGGAUAUGGUGUUUUAUAUUUAUCUUUAAGAAAUGAUGAAGUAUUUAUCAGUGCAAAUUAUUCACAAACAAUAUUAUCACUGCCUGGAACUAUUCAACCUGGAUUUUUUCUUUGUACUGGUGCAUUUGUUAGUCCACUUAUUCGUAUGUUUGGAUUUCGUAUUAGUGGAUGUUUUGGAGCAUUUCUACUUGGUUUUGGUAUGUCUGUAGCAAGUUAUCUAAACAAUAUACACGCGUUUACAAUAUUUUAUGGAAUUGUAUCAGGUUCAGGUUUUGGUAUUCUAAUGGUAUGCGCUAUUGUUGCCGUCAAUUAUUACUUUGAUCGUUAUCGUGGUAUAGCAUCGGGUAUAGCAAUGUCUGGUGCCGGUAUUGGUACAUUAUCUAUACCAGUAUUGUAUAAUUGGAUUAUGCCUAUAAAAGGUUGGCGAUUAAGUCUACUGAUGUAUUCGUUGACUGUUGGCUUACUAACAGCUUUAGCUUCACUUACUUUUAAACCAUUUAUAACAAGUAAUGUUGACAGUGACGCUGAAUUCACUGAACAAUCUGUAAUUGUUGAAGAAAUGAAAAUCAAUAAUCCAGAUGAAAUAUGUGUUAUGAAGAAUAUACCAGAAAUUCAGUGUUUUGAGGAAAAAACAUUACAAUCAGAUGAAAUAAUAAAUCCGAACAGAACUGGUGAUAUAAUAAUUCAGUCAAAUGGUAAACUUGAUGAGUCUACAUUACAAGUUAUAAAAAAUUCUACAAAAGAAGAAAGCGAAGAAAUAAAUGAACCUAAUGGUCCGGCUUCAUCAGAUAGAGAAAAAAGUCAAUUGAAUAUUGAUGCCUGUGAUAAACUCCUACGUGAUAGUAAUACAAAGAAAGAGAGAAAAAUUUCUAUUGGAUUCACUAAUGCUCUACGUCAAUUUUUGUUAAAUCAAAAAGACUUACCAGCCUCAUCAGAAAAUGCCAGUGAUGUAGGCGAAGAAGGGGCAGAAGAAGACGACGACGACACAGAGUCAACAGUUGGUUCAAGACUAUGGAAAUCAAGUUUAGGCUUCAAGCAAUCAAAACCAUCGUAUAAAACAAGUCGUCAGUUGAAUAAACCAGAAUGUGACCAUGUUAAACGUAUAAGACGUAUGACAACAACAACUGAUUCACACGGUUAUGAUCCCAUACACUAUUCAAAUCAUGUGAUAACACCAGUGAAAAAAACUCGCCGAAAACAAUUUAUGUCCCAAUUCUCUACACCAUUUGAUAAACCAGAUGCAUUUUAUUCAGCUAGUCUGGCGAAUUUAAAUCCACGUUCUUCACAAAUACUUGUUGCUUAUAAAAAAUCAAUAUGUACUACUACAAAUCCAUAUUCUAAGGGUUUAACUUCACUACACUCAUCUAAACCAUCAUUGAUUUAUUUGACUAAUGAACCAAUGAGUAAAAAACGUAGUACUACUGAUUUUAUUAGUAGUAAUAUGUCAAUCCAGUCGUUUUCUACUUCAAUGUCAAAUAGACAAUACGAUCAAGAGUCAUUACAACCACCGCUACCAUCACAGCACCAACAACAACAACACCAGCAACAGCAAAUGGAACAAUUAACUUCAUUUGAUAAUCAAAUCUUUAAAUCAACACGAAGUAAUAUCUUCUCUGAGUGUGAUGUCAUACCCGAGGAAGAGUUGUUCACUACUACGACUAAUAAUAAUAAUAAACUUGAAAAUUACAGGUGUACAGUUGAAACUGAAUAUCCAACAAAGAUGCCAUUCAUAUAUCAACCUCAAAGAUAUUUGAUAACAUUUGGUCAAAGAACAAUUAAACUAUUCGAUUUAGGUUUAUUUACUGAGAUGUCAUUUUUAUAUUUAAUUGGAAUUGGAAUAACAAGUCAACUGGCGUAUUUUAUUCCAUAUGUUUAUUUAAUUGAUUGUGCAAUAAGUUAUGGAAUGGAACAAGAUCGUGCUGUCAUUAUUGUGAUGAUAUUAAGCAAAGCAAAGCACCACAAUGGACUGUCCAAAUAACGAGAUAUAUUUCGGAACCAAAUCGCGGACUGAAGCGGAAGCUAAGCUAGCUAUUUAUCGUGCACGAAAGUGGCACGACGGAGUACCAAAUGGCAAGGAUGCUUGAUCGGGAGCCUUCAGCUAAACAAGUUGACUUAAACUCUAAGGGUAAGAAUCCAAUGUUCACUGAUGAUUCCUAUGGUCAAUAAUUUUGGGGAAUUAUUUACCGCUACAGCUCAUCCCUCCCUAGUGGGGUUGUGAGGACCCUAAGAGAGAACCCGCCAGAAGUAAAAAAACUCGAUGGUUCCCUUUCAGGUGAAAAAAAUCUUCCGAGCGGCUUGGUGGCGUGCCUACUGGUCUGUCUGCCUAUGUUAAUAGGGUGUUUGUACAUCGCUUCCUUGAUGCUGUUCGUUGGAUCCCGUGCUUCGUUUGUUUCUUGUCCAGUGCCCGUCGCACAUGGAAAAAAAAUUGAUAAAAUUGACAAAUAUAAUCACAAAUGGAUAUUAUCUGUUUGGUUCACAAGGUAUACUGCAUACAAUUGGCCGUGUUAUCUCUGGAAUAAUGGCGAAUAUCUUUCAUUUUGACUCAGUUUAUUUAAGUGGAUUAUCAACAUUUAUUGGUGGAUUAGCUCAUCUACUGCUUGUUUUUAUACUACCGCGUACAUUUACAUGGUAUGCAAUAUAUGCAAGUGUUUAUGGUCUAUGCAGUGGUAUACCUAUACCACUUAUACCAAUACUUCUAGUUCGUUUCAGUGGGCUUGAACGUUUAACAACAAGUUUUAGUAAUUUAAAUUUAUUGAAAGGUAUCUCAUCGAUGGUUGGACCUGUGAUAGCAAUAAGCAUAGUUGAGCAAACAGGCCAGAAAGAUUAUUACUUCCUUGUCGCUGGAAUAUGUUAUAUAACUUCAGCACUACUACAUCUUGGAUUAUGUAGAUAUCCAUGCUGUAAAAUACCACAGUCAGUUGAUGAAGAUGAUUUUGAAGAUCCAUAUGCUGUGUGUUGUUCAUGUAUGACGAAAGGGCAGUCAACAGAGAAGACCAAUGCAUAAUGCGGUGAUUGUACAUUGAACACAGUGAAAACAGAAUAACUAAACAAAGCAAGAGAUUGUGUGUGUUUCUCUCUUCAACAAAUUAAAACAACACCUAUUAUUAUGAUUCAACGAUUUCCGAAUUAUAGUGAUUAGUCAAAUUUUAUAAACUAUCUUCCAGCAUUUUGUUUUUAUAAAAGUCUGGUUUUUUUAGU